AUGGCCCUGAGAGGGAAGUUAGGCCCAGAGCAAGUGCCUGCCAAACACGGCGUCUCCCUGGCCAAGCUCUGCCUUCUAGCAGCUAUUUUAUUACUCGGCUGUCGAGUCUGCGCCAACAGAAUCGAUUUCCAGGAAGGGAAACGUCGCGGCUUUGAGAAGCGGGAAAACGAAACUAAGGCCGUCCUGUCGCGCUCUCCCCCAAUUCGCCGAGGCAGCCAUGGCGGCGGGGGUCCGGUGCAGGAGCUCUGCGAGGAGGCCUCUUGCUCCAUCUGCCUGGAGUUCUUCAGGGACCCUGUCAUGAUCGCUGAGUGCGGCCACACCUUCUGCCGGGCCUGCCUGACCCUCAGUUGGGGGGAGUCGGGGGCCGCCGAGCCUUCCUGCCCCCAGUGCAGAGGAACAGCUCAGCCCCAGAACCUCAGGCCGAACCCGCAGCUGGCCAACCUCGUGGAAAUCGCCAAGAAGGUCAGCCCUUCGGAAGGGGAGGGGGCGGGAAAGGGGGGAGAAGGCGAGGGGGGCGUCUGCGAGAAGCACGGGGAGCCCCUGAAGUUUUUCUGCCGGGAGGACAGAGCCCCCCUCUGCGUGGUCUGCAGCCGGUCCCGGGAGCACCGAGGUCACCGGGUGACUCCCCUGGAGGAGGAGGCGAAGUCUGCCGGGGAGAAGAAGGCAACCGUGGCAGCUAGAAAGGGAAGCAUUUGCCAGAAGCACCAGGAGCCGCUGAAGCUCUUUUGCAGGGACCACGAAGCCCCCAUCUGCGUGGUCUGUGAGCAGUCCCAGGAGCACCGAUACCACGACAUCGUCCCUGUGGAGGAGGCCUCCCAAGAGUACAAGGAUCAGUUCUGCACUUAUGUGCAGAUUCUGCAGAAGGAGAAGAACAAAGUUCUGACGUACAAAGCCAGUCUAGUGAAGGAAAGCCAAGACCUCCUUAGGCAAACCAAAGGAGAACAGCAGAAGAUGCUGACCCAGUUCAGGCAACUUCACACAUUCCUGGAUAAGCAAGAGAAACUUCUGCUGGCCCAGAUGGACGAGGUGGAGAAGGAGGUGGCAAGAAACAGGGACCAGCACCUGGCCGAAAUCUCUGAGGAGCUCUCCGCUCUGGAAAGCCUCAUCCGAGAGAUGGAGGAGAAGAGUCAGUGGCCGGCCAGUGAUCUCCUGCAGGAUGCCAGAAGCACCUUGCAGAGGGCCAGGUUUGUCCGGGUAGACCUCAUGGAAGUCCCGGACCAGAUCGGGAGCGUCGGGUACAUCGGAUGGGGGGCUGGCCGGAAAAAAGAAGCGUGGGUGGUAACCAUAGUUGGCUGCGAACGGCGUGACUUGAGUGGAGGGAACAAAAUGAGCCAUCUUUGUGAGUACGUCUACUAUGACGAAGAUGCAGGUGUACCCUUGGGAUCGGGGAAGAUCAACAAUGAAGUCCAUCGAGAUGACCUCCCAAGGGCCCGACGGCACUGGAAGCGGUUGCAAGAGACCUGGUGGCUUGGCAGGAACAUCCUUGGCCCGGCGGCAGACGUCGCAGGUGCUGACCCCAUGGGCGUGAAGGCGGUGAAGCACUUGCCGUACAUGCUCUAUGUGUUGUGGCAGGGAGACGGAAUAAACCAAAAUGUCGUCCAAGUAAAUUAUCACGAACCGGUCAAGGAGGUCGCGGAAGACAUCGUUCAUGAAACGUUGAAAUACCGCGGGGGCGUUGGUACAAAGGAGGCAUUUGAGAAUCCAGUGGCUUUUCCUGUUGCACUGAAGUGGCGCAUCUGGGACUUCUCAGAUUUAAGUCCCCUUUUGGAGGGCAUCAAGAAGCAAUUCAAAGACACACUGAAUUCUGGAUUUCACCUGCAGAAAGCAAAUGUGACUCUGGAUCCAGACACGGCCCAUCCUGAACUCAUCCUGUCUGAGCGUCAGAAACGCGUGAGACGAGAAAAAGCUCAAGCUCUGCCCAACAAUCCUGAGAGAUUUGACCAGAGUGGUGCUGUGCUGGGCCAUGAGGGAUUCACAGCAGGCCGCCAUUUCUGGGAAGUCCUUGUGGGAAGUGAGAAAGAAUGGGCUGUGGGGGUGGCCAGACAGUCUGUGAGCAGGAAGGGAGAGCUUUUCUUGCAUCCUGAGAAAGGGAUCUGGGCUGUGCGGAAGCUGCCAGUGGGGUACAUAGCUGCCAAAAGAGGCAGCCCUCCCCUGACCCUAACCGGGGAGCUGAAGAGGAUCCGAGUGUGCCUGAACUACACUGGGGGUCGAGUGGCCUUUUUCGACGCUGACUGAGCAGCCCUUCUCUACGAGUUCUCUGGAGCCUCCUUCCCAGGAGAGACCCUCCUGCCCUUCUUUUGGGUGCCUUCAAAAGGCCACCUCAAAAUCUCUUCAUAAGACCUUUUCUUCACACUAGGACCACCAAUAAGAAAAUAUUAUUUCUCAAGAGCCCCCCUUUUUUGAGUCCUGUAGCGGUCUCUCCGGGCUCCCAGCCACCAAAAUUGACUUGAGUAAAAUGGUGGCAUUUCCCAGCAUUCCUUUCCCCCCCUUUGUACCUCCCCCCCCCUUUGUACCAGAGAAGGCAGGAUAUAAAUCAAAAUAAAUAAAUAAAUAAUUUCUGAAAGCAACAGUAACGCAUUUCACACUGUGAAGAAUAACAGGCUUGUUCUAAAGGAGAACUCCACACAACCUCCCUGGGCCUUCUCUCACCUCUAUUCUCCUCAAGGACGAGAGGAACCAAUGCAGGCCGAACAGAAGAAGAAGAGGCCCUGCAUGUUUCAGUUACUAUUUGGGACUUCCUCUUUAAUGGACACCAUCUGUUAGGAUUUGCCUGUCUUCAGCCUGCCCUUAAUGAUAGGCACUGAAGAUCCUGUCCCUGUCAAGGUUGUUGUGUUCAUAAGCACUUGUGUUUCAGUUAUA